AUGAAAAUUUCGACGACAACAACAACAACAGCAAUAACGGGGAAGAGGAGGACGGAGGCCGCUCCGAAUCCUUCACCGGAGAAGGAGGAGGGGUCUUCAAUAGAGCUGAACCCCGCAAAGCCCGCAAAGGCUACGACGGUGGCAAAAACACCAAAAAAUGCAUCAAGUCUCGCCGAAGCAGAUGAAGAACUACGGAGGAGGUUGGAAGAGAUUUCGGGAGAGGGAGGAGCGAGCGGUGUAGAAACCGAGGACGGGAAGCCGACAAGUAUGAAGCGGGCUGUACGUAAUAAUAUGUUUCGAUACAUUUAA